AUGUCGGACUCUAAAGAUAUUGAAAUGAAAGAUGCAGAAAACGGGUCGACUGAAGUUGUGGCGACAACUACUUCGAAUCUUGUAGAAGAGAUUGAACAAACAUUCAAUUUGUUGGAGAAGGCGGCCACAACAUUUGACAACAGAUAUGUCUCAAAAGUACUUCGUGAGUUCUCAUCUUUAAGAAAGAAGUUAGUCCAUGAUGAUCAAGUUUUACCAGCAAUUAUUGCAAAAUACAUCAAGGGACAAUCGAAAGAGAAUCUACUUUUGCUUUUGGGAUCAUCUGCUCCAACUACUGAACAAGUUCACCAAUCAGCCAACACCAUCCCUGAGAUUGAGCUUUAUAUUUAUUUGCUCACUCAAACAUACCUUUUAGACACUUCCAAAUUACAAGAAUUGAAUAAAUUGAGCCCGCAUUUGAUUUUGUUUAUGAAAUCAAAUAAUCGACGUUCACUUGACUACCUCCAAGCAAAAGUUUGGUUUUAUAUAAGUCGUGGUAAGGAAUUGGCGGGAGACUUGACCAGUAUAAGGCCAGAACUAUUGUAUAGUUUGAGAACAGCAAGCUUAAGGCAUGACACUGAAACUACGGCCUCGAUAAUCACCUUGUUGUUAAGAAACUACUUGCUUGCACACGAAAUUCAACAAGCAACCAAUUUGGUUGACAAGAUUCAAUUUCCUGAAAGUGCAGCUAGUGCCUUAGUUGCAAGAUACUAUUUCUACUUGGCACGUAUCAAUGCCAUUCAAUUGGACUACUCGACCGCCCAUGAGUGUGUAAUUGCUGCGAUUAGAAAGGCACCCCAAACAAAUUUAGCCAAAGGCUUUAUCCAGAGUGCUACUAAACUAAACAUAGUGAUUGACUUGCUUACAGGAGAAAUCCCAGAGUUGAAAACGUUUAAAAACAAAUCAAGCAGUUUUGAAGCAUAUUUCAAAGUUACGCAAGCAGUAAAGUUGGGAGAUUUGAAGUUGUUUGGCGAUGUGUUGAAAAAAUAUGAAAAAGUGUUUAAAAAAGACGAUAAUUUUACUUUGGUUUCCAGGUUACGUCAAAAUGUUAUAAAGACGGGUAUCAGGAUCAUCUCUUUGGCAUACUCCAAGAUCUCAUUAAAAGAUAUAUGUAUUAAAUUGCAUUUGGAUUCCGAAGAGGCAACGGAGUAUAUCGUUUCAAAAGCCAUAAGGGACGGGGUCAUUGAUGCCACAAUAAAUCAUGAAAAGGGCUAUGUGCUGUCGAAUGAACUUUUGGAUGUUUACUCUACAAACCUUCCUCAAGCUGAAUUUGACCAAAGAAUCAAAUUUUGUUUGUCGUUGUAUAAUGACAGUGUGAAAUCAAUGAGGUUCCCCGAUGACAAUGAGAACAAAGCUAUAACUAAAGAUGCCGAGCCAAGCGACGAAGUUGAAUUAUUGAAAGCUAUUGAAGAAGGCGAUUUGGAUGAUUUCAUGGAUUAG